AUAUUUGAUGAUGUUGAUGGAAGAGGAGAUUUUAUAGCGAGUCUUCUGGACGCUUUUAUGUCAUAGGCAAUGUCCGAGCUGAAUUUGUUUCCUGGACCUUUAUAAAUCUGAGUUACUGCUGACCACGAGAUGUCUUGGUUGGUGGAUUUAGCGGGCCGAGCUGAGGACUUCUUGAAUAAGGUGGACCAGGGAGCGGCAACUGCUCUGACCAAUCAUCCAACCAUCAAAUCCUCCUCAACAUCUUACGACCCUCCAGAACCAAACCUAACCGACUCCCCUUACAAUCCUCAGCACGGCUACACAAGCCAUGAGUCGCUUGGCUACAUCUCCAGUGCUGCUGGGAACAUCAAGAAAUCCAAAGCCACCGUGCUAGCAGGCACGUCGAAUGUGGCUAGUACAACUGCUCUGGGUUCAGGGAGCAGUGCUGGUGCAGUAAAAACCUUGUCAAACUUUGUGAGGCCCAAAAAACCAGAAGUGGAUGAUGACAUGCUUUUCGACUUUCUGAACAGUUCGGAUCCACCACUGAGCGAGAAAAGGGAGGUUAGAAGGGCCACAGCAUCUCAGGUGAUGGGUCUGGCUGAUGGAUCGUCUCAAGGGCAGGUAUCAAUCCCAUCAGCCCCGGAUACUCCUCCAUCAACACGGGCGCUGUCCCGAACCUCCAGUGUCAGCUCACUUACUGCAAGCACACACAGCGCCAAGACAGAUGACGGCUCCACUCGAGACAUCAGUCAAGGUGAUGCUCCGGAGAGCUCAGAUUCUGGUCUUGCUGCUCCUCCAGAUGCUCCAACUACAGCUGAGUCAACCACAGCUCAAGAGGAGCAGCUCAGCCAGGUCAUGUCUGGUUUACGUUUGGAGAAUCAGCUUUUACGCAGUGAAGUUUCCUCACUCAACCAGGAGAUGGCAUCUAUCAUCCAGAGGGCCAAGGACACACAGGAAGAGCUGAAUCAAUCCCGAUCCCGAGCUGAGAAGUGGAACACGGAGCAGAGUCGCUCCGACCGCGCGGUCAGAGAUCUUCGGGCUCAGGCUGAUGAUCUUACACAUGCUCUGACUGCCAAGGAUGCCCAGCUGGCUGUGCUGAAGGUGAGAUUAGAUGAGGCUGAUCAGUUACUGAAGGCUCGGAGCUCGGCACUGGAGGAGGCUCACAACGAGAGGACCAGGAUCCUGCAGGACCACACUGACGGGAACAGCAUGCACUCUCAGCUUCUGCAGACGCUGCAGGAGCGAGUCCGAGAGGCUGAGGCGGGCCUGAAGAGAGAGCAGGACAGUUACAGACAGAUGCAGAGCGAGUUCUCAGCACGGCUGGCAAGGAUAGAAGCAGAUCGGCAGACGUUGGCAGAAUCGCUGACGAGUGCAGAGCGCAAAGCAGCGGAGGAGAAGCAGAGAGCUGACGAGUUUCAACAGCAGGCCAAAAAUGCCCGAACUUCUGCAGAUUAUGCCAAGCAGGAGCUACAGGACUACAAAAACAAGGCGUCACGCAUCCUACAGUCCAAGGAGAAGCUGAUCAGCAGUCUGAAGGAGGGCUCGGCUUUGGAGGCACUGGAUGCAGGAGGUGCAGUAGAAGUGGAACUGGAGGAGUUACGGCACGAGAAAGAGCUGCAGAGGGAGGACAUUCAGAAACUGCAGGCCCAGAUACAGACCCUGCGCUCUGAGAUUCAGGACCUGGAGAAUCAGGCAGUGGUAGAAGCAGAGAACUGGAGGGAACAGCAGGUGUUGUUGCAGGAACAAAACACACAGCAGAGCCGAGCCAAACAAGAGGUGGAGGCUGAACUGGAACGCUGCAAACAGGAGCUGAAUUACGUUGAGGAGGAACAUCAUCGCACCAAAAGCACACUGCAGAGUCGCAUCAAGGACAGAGAAGACGAGAUCCAGAAACUCAGAAACCAGCUGACCAAUAAAGCCCUGAGCAGCAGUAGCCAGGUGGAGCUGGAGGGGCGUCUGCACCAGCUCACUGAGACUCUGAUCCAGAAGCAGACCAUGCUGGAGGCUCUGAGCACAGAGAAGAACUCGCUGGUCUUCCAGUUGGAGAGACUAGAGCAGCAGCUGAAGAGCGCACAGGGAGGCCAGAGCAGUGGCUCUCACAUAAACAUGGCUGCUGUAGAUGGACCAGGUGCCAGACAGAGGAACACCCCGGUUCUGUUCAGUGAUCAGGACUCGACGACUGGAGUGUAUGGGAAAGUGCGCAAAGCAGCCAGCACCAUAGACCGCUUCAGUAUCCGGUUAGGGAUCUUUCUCAGACGUUACCCCAUGGCCAGAGUCUUCGUAAUCAUUUAUAUGGCACUACUGCACUUCUGGGUUAUGAUUGUUCUGUUGACGUACACCCCUGAGAUGCACCCACAGUCCCAUCCAAAUGGCAGAUAGAAACACCUUUUUAAAAACCUUGUAAAUUAAAAAGAAAGAAAUUAAGAAAAUUAGUGUACAUGUAUUAAAAAAAAAGCUAUACUGUUUUUCAGAAGCUGAAUGGCUGUUUAUGCAUAUUCAGUCUGAGCUGGUACCCAUGAUUUGCACAUUUAAUUUUGCUUCUUUAUUUUCAAACCCGGAAAACGUCUUCAGUAUCACUGGAGCAUCACAUGAAAUAUAUUUGAAAACAGAUUUUGAUGUUAGGGUUUUAUUUAAAGCAAAUAAAUACAGUGGAUUUUU